UCCAAAACCUCCGCGCCUCCCCGGGACCCUUCACAUCGCGCAUGGCGCCUCCGCCUCCUCCUCCUGCUGCUGCUACUGCUACUCGGCUGAUGACGAUGGCGAUGUCGGGGCUGCUGCUGAUCAUGCUCAUGCUGAGCUGCCUCGGGGCGCAGGCAGUGACCCUCCACGACACCGGCGCCACGCCGGCCCCCCAAAUGGGGGGCGCCACCCCCUCUGCCGAGGAACCCCCGAUCCCUCGCUCAACCGGGCACCCGACGGCAACCAGAAUCAUCGGCAUCGCCAAGGGUAACGGCAGCAGCAGCAGCAGCAAUAGCAGCGACAUUGUUAGCAGCGGCAGCUUCGGCAACAUCGUUAUCGGCGGCGGCGUGAUCCCCCGGGCCCCGGGGAACGGGACGCGCGCACGGGGCCCGCCGCCGUGGAGGGCUCCGUGCGCGCGCCAGCUGGAGAUCCGUCGCACGUUCAAGGCGGUGAACACGGCGGUGUCGAGCGCCGUCUUCGUGGUGGGCCUCGUGGGGAACGCCACGCUGCUCAGGAUCAUCUGGCGCAACAAGCGGAUGCGCAACGGACCCAACGCGCUCAUCGGCAGCCUGGCCCUGGGCGACCUCCUCUACAUCGUCAUCGCGCUGCCCGUGUCGGUGUACAAGCUCCUGGCCGAGGAUUGGCCGUUCGGCGUGGCACUCUGCAAGGCGGUGCCGUUCGUGCAAAAAGCGUCCGUGGGGAUCACGGUGCUGAGUCUGUGCGCGCUCAGCGUGGACAGGUACCGCGCGGUGGCGUCUUGGAGCCGCAUCCAGGGCAUGGGCGUCCCGGUGUGCACGGCGCUCGAGAUCGUCGCCAUCUGGCUGCUCUCGCUGCUGCUGGCGGCGCCUGAGGCCGUCGGCUUCGACCUCCUCGUCUCGGAAUACCGCGGGGUCACCCUGCGCACCUGCAUGCUCGCGCCGCAGCAGAGCGGCGCCUUCAUGCGCGUGUACAAGGUGGCCAAGGACUGGUGGCUGCUGGGGUUCUACUACUGCAUGCCGCUCGCCUGCACCGGCGCCUUCUACUCGCUCAUGGCGUGCGAGAUGCUCAGCCGGAAGCGCGGAGACCUCCGCCUCUCGCUCAGCGACCACCUCAAGCAGCGACGCGAGGUCGCCAAGACAGUCUUCUGCCUGGUGUUGGUGUUCGCCGUCUGUUGGUUCCCCCUGCACCUGAGCCGCACUCUCAAGAACUCCGUCUACAGCGCCGUGGACCCGGGACGCUGCGACCUCCUCAGCUCGCUGCUGGUGCUGGACUACGUGGGGGUGAACAUGACCUGCAUCAACUCCUGCAUCAAUCCCAUUGCCCUCUACCUGGUGAGCAAGAGAUUCAAGAACUGCUUCAAGUCCUGCCUGUGCUGCUGGUGCGAGGGCAAUGCCCUGCUGGGGGGCCCUGGCCCACGGAACAAGGUCUUCUACAGCAAGUGGAGGGGGCGGGGACCCCCCGAGUUGGGGGGCUCCGAGCGGAGCACGACGCGUUCCAGCCACAAGUACAGCUCCUCCUGAGCUGCGGAGACGACGUGGAGACGCGGGGACACGGGGACACGAGGACACUGAGACUCGGGGACACGGAGACAUGGGGUGACGGAGAGACACAGACACGGAUGCGUGGGGAUGGAGACACGGGGACGGAGACGUGACAGCACGGAGACACGGGGAGACACGGGGACUUGGAGACUCGGGAACUCGCGGACUUGGGCACACGCGUGUACAGUGGCACAAGCACAGAGGAGCGAGCACGCACUCCGGAUGAACCUCACCAAACGUCGCUCAGAUUGACUCCUUCACGGGACGCUCACCAAGCUGCAAUGACACCACUGGCAACAUCUUCCUCCUGACCCCCCUCCCCACUCGCACUCACCGCGCCCCCCACCGUCGGGCGGCCUGGAGCCGCGCCCCCGCCCCUUUUCCUUUCUCCCCCGGCCCCCCCCCCAAGAGAGAGAGGGGGGGGGGGUAGAGCCGCGGAUCGGUCGUGUGUUUUGUAGCGGUUUGAUUCUCACACCGAGGAGUUUCUGUAACCUCCUCCACCUCCACCCCCCACGAAAUAAUUUGACGAUGAUGCAGCUUACCCCCCACCCAGCCCCCACACGAUCACCCCCUUGACGCGUACGCCCCCCCCCUCCCCUCCCCCGCGCGAUUAUUCACCGAGUAGAAUAGAGGAUUAAAGGAAGAGUGAUGAUGA